AUGGAACGACUCCUGAGUGUCUGGAUUGAAGAUCAGACUAAACGCAAUGUGCCACUAAACACUAUGGUUAUUCAACAGCAAGCCAUAAGUUUAUAUAAUGAUUUGCAGGAAGAGGAAGGUGCAUCUUCUGAGGUUAAACCUUUUCUGGCUAGUAAAGGCUGGUUUGAAAGGUUUAAGAAGUGCCUUAAUUUACACAACAUAAAAAUGAGAGGUGAAGCUGCCAGUGCUGAUACAGAUUCAGCUAAUAAAUAUCCUGCUGAGCUGAAGAAAAUUAUUGAUGAAGGAGGUUACACACCAGAACAAGUGUACACUGUAGAUGAAACUGGGCUUUUCUGGAAGCGCAUGCCUGCUAGAACUUUUAUUUCCACUGAAGAAAAAUCAGCACCAGGCUUUAAAGCAUCCAAAGAUCGUUUAACACUUCUUCUGGGAGGAAAUGCUUCAGGUGAUAUGAAAUUAAAGCCCCUACUUGUGUAUCACUCAGAAAAUCAAAGGGCUCUCAAGGGCUAUGCCAAGUCUAAUCUACCUGUGAUUUGGCGUUCCAAUAAGAAGGCUUGGAAGACUAUGACCCUUUUCCAAGACUGGUUCACUAACUAUUUUUGCCCUGCUGUAGAAAGAUAUAAUGCCAGGCGUAACAUAUCUAAUAAAGCAUUGUUCCUCUUAGACAAUGCACCAAUCCACCCAGUAAAUUUAAAUGAUCUUUCUGAUAAUGUGAGAGUGGAGUACAUCCCCAAGAACACAACUUCCUUGCUCUAG